AUGCAUUAUGUCACCGAUAGUGCUGUGGAAGAAGAUGAAGAAAAAAACAUUUAUUUAGGCAAUAUUUUCUGUUUACGAACAGACUUGGCCAAUAUUUACCACGCUAAUGAACUGGCUAAACGCCUUAAAGAAAAUAAGGCGGAUGCAAAGGAUAAAGAGCAGUUAGAGAAAUUCAAGAACGAAGUAGACAACGAAGCCAAACAAGUAAAGCCUCUUAUCGCUUAUUUAACCAAUGAACAAGUGGCUGACCAAAUUGACACUACCACUUUAAAAGGAGAGAAGCAAAAUAAUGGUCAUGAUUGCGGCGUUUAUUUAUGUUUGUAUAUUAAAGAACUGAUGGAAUUUGAGACGCGGCAAGAUAAUAGUACACAAACCCUAGCCUUAACAAGAAAAUAUGGAGCGGAAAUAAUAGAGGAAUUUCAAGCGGAAGCGGAUGCUAACAGUUCGCCCAGUGCUAGUCAAUAUCCCAAAUUAAUUGAAGACGCCUUAAAACAAGGAAAUGAAGCCAUCAAUAGUCCCUAUACUUUAAAAUUACUACCUCUGGUUAAAAAACUGCUCGAACCCAAUCCCAGCACAACUACUGGGCUAGGAACAGAUGGCCAUAUCUGUCCCUAUUUAGAAUUACCAAAAGUAGAAGAGAAGUUCCGCCAGCAAUUUCAAGGAGAGAUAAAGGAUUUAAAAAAUAGUGAGAGAACCAAUAAUUUAUCUGAAUUAAACCAAAAAUUAUCUGAUGAAACAUACGCCAAAAAUGAUUAUUUAAACCAACUAAAUCAAAGCCAAAACGAGAUAAAAAGACUAGAAGAAGAAUUAGCAAAUGAAAGAAAUUUGAAAGAGAAUUGGCAUCGUGAAUGUGGAAAGAUUAUGGAAAUGCUGGGAAAUAGCAAUCAUCCAAUUAAUAAUUUAAGUCAUUUGGCCAGUUUGCUUCAAGGAAAGAACCUGUAUCAGAUAAUUGAGGCCAACCGCAAUUUAAGAGAUGCUAUUAAUUCAUUAAUAAGGCAACACCAAGUAAAUAGUUUGGAAGAAUUAAGUCAAAAAAUAAUCAGAACUGAACAAGAAUUGGCUAAUGAAUUGAAUAGUUUAAAUAUUCAAUUAAGACGCAGCCGAAUAAACAUAAAAGCCAUUUAUGAAUAUUACAUUACAAAAAAAGGAAGCAAAUUAGACACCGAUGACAAAAGUAUUAAAGUUUUAGAAGAUAAAAUUUUAACUUUAAUUGGACAAGAUUUUGAUAGUGAACAAAUAAUAGGAUUAAGAGAUUUGUUUGUUUAUAAUGGAUUGCCUAACACUUAUAAUUUUAUUGAGGAAGUAACUAGUUUAACCAAUAAUCACAAGAUUAAAAGUUUAGAAAAUGAAGCCAAAGCCCUGAAAUUAGAUUUAGAGCAAAAUAUUCCGGAAGAAUUAGAAGAAAAAGUAAAUAAAAUUAGUCCACUUUUGUUGACUAGUGCUUUACCUGAAACCCAACAAUUUAUUGAAAAUGGUAUAUUAGAAAAAAAUAAAAAACUGGAAGACGCUUUAAACGAAGUUGGAAUAGAUCCUAAUGACGCUGAUGUGGGAAAGAAAAUCGCAAUGUUGAAGGGUCUAGAAGAAAGAGUGAUAGAACUCUAUGGCAAGGAUUAUAAAGAAAUAUUAAAAGUGCAAGAGUAA